GCGCGGCGCUGAGGAGGCAUGACGGCCGAAGUCAAUGGCUUGGGUAAGUUGAUAGUGCUGGUCACCUGCUGGAAGUAAAUACAGAAUGGCUGACUCGAGUCACGGUUGGAAGGCUUGAUGAGAUAACUUUGACUGCCGCAAGCAACUUGAAAUUUUCAAGUUGUCCAGUGUCCACGGCCCUUGCCCGGGACUUUUCUUGAUGGUGUACCCGUGAACGCGACUCGGAGGAACAUGUGUGACAUGUACUACUACUAUCUUGAAUCAUACUGCGUCGUUCCUAACUUGAAGGCUUGGGAAUGACACAGAUCGAGAAACUUGAUUGAUCAAUUAAAGAUCAUGCUGUUUCGAUGUGCCAGUAUGAUCCCGGGCCGGAUCCUACUCGCUUUACUUUCGCCUGACUCAUCUGGCACUGGCACUCAGGCUCACUGACGCUGUUGCACGUCAAUUAUCCUGAAUCAGGUCAAUUCCUACUCGCUCAAUGCAGUCUUACACGAUGGAGCGGAAACAGGACAGGGAUGAUAGUAUAGAGGACAAUGGUCGCUCAGAUCAGGUAGGAUUCCUUAGACGUACUACUCAGUUACUUUCUAGGUAUGGAAUUGAAACUCGUGGCAUCGCGCCGGUGCCAGCAGACGAACGUCUCGACACUCGAUGGUACCAGUUAUUUUUCAUCUGGUUCUCCCCUUGCAUGAACAUCCUGGGAUUCAGCAGUGGGACCGCUGGCCCUGCAUUUUUUUCCCUGGGAGUUCGUGACUCCAUAGCUAUCAUCGUCACUGUUGACCUGGUAUGUUGUUUAUUGCCAGGAUUCUUCGCUGUUUUCGGGCCAAAGCUUGGCAUGCGAGCUAUGGUACAAGCAAGGUUUUCAUGGGGGUAUUUUGGUGCCAUCAUACCGGCCGUUCUGAAUGUUCUCUCCUUGGAAGGCUUCCUUAUUUUGAACUGCAUUAUUGGCGGACAAACGAUAGCUAGCUUGUCUUCUCGACUUGAUGAUACCCUUGGUAUCGUCAUCCUCAGUAUCAUAUCUCUUGUGGUUACUUUCUGUGGAUACCGCGUCAUCCAUUGGUACGAAAGUGUCGCCUGGAUCCCGAAUGUAAUUGCCUUUAUCGCCAUGUUGGCUGUCGGUUAUCCACAACUACGCGAAAACCUAUCGGCUCCCGUCCCUCCAGCAACACCUGCUAAUGUCAUGUCUUUUGCGUCCUUUCUCGCAUCUAACAUUAUUGGAUGGUGUCCCAUGAUCCCUGAUUAUGGCGUAUACCAUAGCCCCGAUGCUUCUUCUGCUAGAAUUUUUAUUUACACAUAUCUUGGGUUCUUCGUAUCUAAUGUGACUGGUCAGGUUCUGGGUGCCGCAUUCGCAGCAGCAGCUCCGAGUGUGCCUGCUUGGAACGCAGGAUUUGAUAACAGCUCUUCCGUCGGUGGCUUGUUACACAGCGUCUUGUUACCUACAGGCGCAUUUGGCAAAAUUAUGACUGUUUUGGUCGCUCUCAGCAUAUCCAGUGCAUGUGCACCACCGAUAUAUACGUUGAGCAACAGUUUCAUGGCUAUUGCUACCUGGUUUGCUGCGGUGCCUAGAUGGGUAUAUAUCCUCCUGUCAGAGGGAAUCCUCAUACCAGUGGCCAUUAUUGGUGCCAAAAGGUUCUAUGCUACCUUCGUGGACAUGCUUAACAUCAUUGGAUAUUGGUCAUCAAUAUUCGCUGCGAUAAUACUCACAGAGCAUAUGUUAUUCCGACGAGCAUCAUUUUCUGAGGACCAAUACCCCAUCACGAUUUGGGCUUCAUACGCUCUCUUGCCUAGCGGUAUCCCCGCGGUAGUGGCCUUCGUGUGUGCAUGUGGAGCUCUUGUUCCAUUCAUGUCACAAGCUUGGUAUGUAGGACCAGUAGCGAGGCAUGGCAGUGGAGACGUUGGUGUGCUCGUAGGGUUUGUGGUAGGAGUUAUCACCUACGCAUUGGCGAGGAGGCUCGAGAAAAUAUUGUACAAGAAGAUAGGUAAAUCAGAUCCUUACUAGGACCUAUCGACGUGUACGUCAGUCGUCUUCGAUUACCCUUUGACAUUGCAAUUUACGAGAGACAAGUUAUUUGUUGAUUGGUGCCAA